GGUUUGCAGCCGCCGCGGUCGCUGCUGCUCUUCAGUGCCGGGCGGGCGAACACGGAGUGAACCCCGGCCCGGGAACCGGGAACCGGGGAGCCGAGAGCCAAGAGCCAGCUGCCGGCGGAGCUGCUGCCGCGGCGGCAUCUGAGUAAAUUUCCGUCCUACGAACACCGAGGCCGGCGUCCAGCGGCUUCUGCGCCCAGCCCGGCCCAGUAGGGAGUGGAUCAGACACUUUUUAUUUUGGAAGAAAGGGGCGAGUCCGGCGUGAGCUUCUCCCCCGGCCUGGCUCGCUCCUCAGCGCGCCUCAGAUCCGGCCUGGGCUCUGGAAGAUGACUCCCUGGUGUGCCCUGUGGAUUCCAGCGGCGACGGCUCGGGGAGGCAUCCGAAAGUAGUCACACUUGGUAGCGGCGGCUGGUGGAAAAGUGAGCCGAGGCGGCGCUGACUCGGCUCUUCCCGCGCCCCGGCGCCCGCUGCUCCUCGCUGCUCCUUCCCCUCGGCUCCCCGGCGGCAUGAAGUGGCGCAGCGAUGGCCAGGAGAGGUAAGAAGCCGGUGGUGCGGACGCUGGAGGAUCUAACACUGGACUCGGGUUAUGGUGGCGCGGCGGACUCAGUGCGCUCCUCCAACUUGUCCCUGUGCUGUUCCGACUCGCACCCGGCGUCCCCGUAUGGCGGGAGCUGCUGGCCGCCUCUAACUGACUCCAUGCACAGCCGGCACAACAGCUUUGACACUGUCAACACUGCCCUGGUGGAAGACUCCGAGGGGCUGGACUGUGCCGGCCAGCACUGCUCGCGGCUGCUGCCGGACCUCGACGAGGUCCCCUGGACCCUCCAGGAGCUGGAGGCGUUGCUCCUGCGCUCACGGGAUCCCCGGGCAGGCCCGGUGGCCCCCGGCGGCCUGCCUAAAGACGCAUUGGCCAAGCUGUCGACGCUGGUGAGCCGGGCGCUGGUACGCAUCGCCAAGGAGGCACAGCGCCUGAGCCUGCGCUUCGCUAAGUGCACCAAGUAUGAGAUCCAGAGCGCCAUGGAGAUCGUGCUGUCCUGGGGCCUGGCGGCGCACUGCACGGCGGCCGCGCUGGCCGCGCUGUCCCUCUACAACAUGAGCAGUGCCGGUGGCGACCGCCUGGGCCGCGGCAAAUCGGCGCGCUGCGGCCUCACCUUCUCUGUGGGCCGCGUGUACCGCUGGAUGGUGGACAGCCGCGUGGCGCUGCGCAUCCACGAGCACGCAGCCAUCUACCUGACGGCCUGCAUGGAGAGCCUAUUCCGGGACAUCUACGCGCGGGUCGUGGCCUCCGGGCUGCCCAGGAGCUGCAGCGGCCCAGGCCCGGGCUCCAGCUCCGGCCCAGGCCAAGGCUCGGGCCCCGGAGCAGCCCCCGCGGGGGAUAAGGAGCGGGAGGUCCCCGGAGGGGGAGCGGCGAGCGGCGGCGCCUGCAGCGCAGCCAGCAGCGCCAGCGGGGGCAGCAGCUGUUGCGCCCCGCCGACCGUCGCUGCUGCUGCCGCCGCCCCAGCCCCACCGGCAGCCGCCGCCAACCACCACCACCACCACCACCACGCGCUCCACGAGGCGCCCAAGUUCACCGUGGAGACGCUGGAGUACACAGUCAACAACGACUCCGAGAUCUGGGGGCUGCUGCAGCCCUACCAGCACCUCAUCUGCGGGAAGAACGCCAGUGGAGUGCUCUGCCUGCCAGACAGCCUGAACCUUCACCGGGACCCACAGCGGACCAGCAAGCCGGGAGAGCUGCCCAUGUUUAGCCAGUCUGAGCUGAGGACCAUCGAGCAAUCCUUGCUGGCCACCCGCGUCGGCAGCAUUGCAGAACUGAGUGACCUGGUGUCCCGAGCAAUGCAUCACCUGCAGCCCCUCAAUGCCAAGCACCAUGGCAACGGCACCCCCCUGCACCACAAGCAGGGGGCGCUCUACUGGGAGCCCGAGGCCCUGUAUACCCUUUGCUAUUUCAUGCACUGCCCGCAGAUGGAAUGGGAAAAUCCCAACGUGGAACCCUCCAAAGUCAACCUCCAGGUGGAAAGGCCCUUCCUCGUGCUGCCGCCGCUGAUGGAGUGGAUCCGGGUGGCCGUGGCGCACGCCGGCCACCGCCGCAGCUUCUCCAUGGACAGCGACGACGUCCGCCAGGCCGCCCGGCUGCUGCUGCCCGGGGUGGACUGUGAGCCGCGCCAGCUCAGGGCCGACGACUGCUUUUGCGCUUCUCGGAAGCUGGACGCAGUGGCCAUCGAAGCCAAGUUUAAGCAGGACCUGGGUUUCCGGAUGCUGAACUGUGGGCGGACGGACCUGGUGAAGCAGGCAGUGUCUCUCCUGGGGCCCGAUGGGAUCAACACCAUGAGCGAACAGGGCAUGACCCCCCUGAUGUACGCCUGUGUCCGUGGGGACGAGGCAAUGGUUCAGAUGCUGCUGGAUGCCGGAGCUGACCUGAAUGUGGAGGUUGUCAGUACUCCUCAUAAAUAUCCAUCCGUCCACCCCGAGACCCGCCAUUGGACGGCUCUGACCUUUGCUGUGUUGCAUGGACAUAUUCCUGUAGUUCAGCUCCUCCUGGACGCCGGGGCCAAGGUGGAGGGCUCUGUGGAGCACGGCGAGGAGAACUACUCAGAAACGCCCCUCCAGCUCGCAGCCGCCGUAGGUGUCCCGUGGACCCUGCACACGUGGCUGGAGUCUUUGCGGAUCGCCUUCCAGCAGCACCGCAGGCCUCUCAUUCAGUGCCUGUUGAAGGAGUUCAAGACCAUUCAGGAGGAAGAGUACACGGAGGAGCUGGUCACUCAGGGCCUGCCCCUGAUGUUUGAGAUCUUGAAAGCCAGCAAGAACGAAGUGAUCAGCCAGCAGCUGUGUGUCAUCUUCACUCACUGCUACGGGCCCUACCCCAUCCCCAAGCUCACAGAGAUCAAACGGAAGCAGACCUCACGCCUGGAUCCUCACUUCCUUAACAAUAAAGAAAUGUCAGAUGUCACCUUUCUGGUAGAAGGAAGACCAUUUUAUGCUCACAAAGUGCUGUUAUUUACAGCAUCUCCAAGGUUCAAAGCUCUCCUCUCCAGCAAACCAACCAACGACAGCACCUGCAUAGAGAUCGGAUACGUGAAGUACCCCAUCUUCCAGCUGGUUAUGCAGUAUCUCUACUACGGUGGCCCAGAGUCGCUUCUCAUUAAAAACAACGAGAUAAUGGAGCUCCUGUCUGCUGCUAAAUUUUUCCAGCUGGAGGCUUUGCAGCGACACUGUGAGAUUAUCUGUGCAAAAAGCAUCAAUACCGACAACUGUGUGGAUAUUUACAACCAUGCCAAGUUUCUUGGAGUCACAGAGCUCUCAGCAUAUUGCGAAGGCUACUUUCUCAAAAACAUGAUGGUCCUUAUCGAAAAUGAAGCCUUCAAGCAGCUCCUGUAUGACAAAAACGGCGAGGGCACGGGCCAGGAUGUGCUGCAGGACUUACAGAGGACGUUGGCCGUCAGGAUUCAGUCAAUCCACUUGUCAUCUUCCAAAGGCUCUGUUGUAUGAGACGUCCGGUCCAGGGAACGUUCCCCGGGGACUAGCCAGUUCUGCUGCUGCGUUGGCUUCACACGAACCCACAAAUCUCACCUGGCGUCUGUUUUGGGCUGAGCCAAGGAGCUGCCUCUACUGCCUCAGCUGCUCUUGACAAAGCAAAUGCAGCUCCCAUGAGCUCCUGUUGAGAAACAAAGGACACGUCACUGGUCUACAGAUGAGAGUGCACCUGCAUCCAGAGGUAGAAGGCCAGGGGGCAGCCACGCUGGCCUCAUCUGAAAGCCCCCCUGCGGCAGUUGAACAUCCCUUGCCAAGGGCCUCUGUCCAGUGGGUGGACUGAGGACUAAAGGUCAUUCAGGUUCCAGGCUGACAGUUGGAGAACGUCACCAUACUGACCCUGAAUAGCAUUAUAUUUAUUACACAUUAAAGACCUUAGUAGCUGCAGUUCCAUAAGAGUCAACAUGAUAGCAAAUUGGUGAGACUGGUACCAAUAAUGAAGACAAAUUUUUAGGGGUGGGAACUUUUUAAAAUGUUCAUAUAAAAAAACCCCAAAACAGGGCAGCCUUGUAGUUUAAAAUAUAUUUCUAAAAGCUUAACAGUUCAUUUUCAACUGAAUUGUGUUUAGGGAUCUGUGUUUUGAGAUUUCUUUUUUUGAAGAAAAAAAACAGUAAGUAGCAGGUCUGUACUGUAUAAACAUGCAUCUGACAAGAUAUUACUGAUAUUCUACACAAGGUGAAAUAAUAACCUUGCCUUAGUGAUCAUGGUUACACAAAAGAGGUGCACUGCCAAUAAUUAUCUCUAACUCAAUAGUUGAAAAAAAAAAAAAACCUGCAUGCUGAUUGUGGUUUCGGGGUGAGAAUAAAAUCCCCCCACAUUAAAAAAAUCACACAUGCAUUUGCAUGGCCCGAACCUGUAAACUGUUAUGUUUGUGCUUCAUUUUUGCCAAGUAAAAAUGUCCCAUCACUUCUUGCUAAAAAUCCAUUUGGUGAAACUAACAUAUCCAUUUCCUUCCAUAGUUAUGAAUGUCCCUGAGAUGCUGUUGCAGAAAUGUGUUCAUAGAUGAUGCUGCAUAUGGGAUGGGGGGCGGGGCACGUUGGAGAAUUUACUAUUAAUCCCAGAGUUCUCUCUGUAUUCUCAGAAGAUGUUAAUAGUUUGUUACUAGCCAGAGAAUAUGACUAUGUUAGAUUAUUUUUAAAGAUGAAAUAUGUAUGAUAGGAUGGAUUCUCUCUGUAUUCCGAGAGUGUACAGUAUAGGGUUAUCUAUAAUGAAAGUUUAUAUCAACAGGGUUCCGUUUGCUCUGCCAUAUAUUAUAAGCAGAAGAGAUUAGUGAAGUGCCACCAUAUUCCAAACAAUCUCUGAGUUGCUUCCUUUUCUUUCUUGUCCUUUCAUUUGAAACCUAGAUAACAUGCGGUUAAAAACUAGGAGAAUGACUCUUACCCUUUGAGAUGGCAAAGUUUUGUUGAUAAACGUAUUUCCUAGCAUGCCUUUGGGAACUUGUGCACAGACCCCAGAGUCUAAAGGAGCUGCUGUUCAAAUGUUGUACUAGCCCCCUGAGCCGUUGUUCAGAGGACCAAGGUCAAGUCCUGUUUCUUGGGUAUCACCCAUGGCGUACGCAGGCCACGUCCGUCUACAGUGUUGGCUCUUCUCUGAUGCUGAUACAAGGCUUCUCUUCCACUUGGUCAUUUGCAAACCUCCCCAGGCCCUACCAUCCAAUGAGGAAGGGGGAAAAAACAAACUGUCUACAGAGGAAUCCAAGUUACAGAUACUCAGCAUGUCCCGAGUCUUCGCUGUCUCUCACCUCCUCCUGUCCUCAGAGAUGCUGCGUGGAUGUUUCCUUAGCCGCGACUGACUUCCCUGUGAAUGUCUGAUGCUAGCUCAGGGCCUUUGGGCAUUGAUUAUGUACAGCGGCAACUCCUGAUGGGCUUCUGUUAUAGUUUGGUGUGCUUUCUCUGUCAUUAAAAGAAAUGAUUUUCCCAA